AUGGACUGGGCGUUAAAUUGGUUCGAAAGCAUUUCCCAAAAGCCACUUGGUUGUCGGAAGCGAAAAAAUGACAUUGAACAAAUCAACACUGUUAAAAAGAAGAACAUAAGACAUACUCCAUCAACAGCAGGAAUCGUUGCAGGCGCUGAACCCACCACUUUUAUGAAGUAUGCGGCUAGUCCAAAGUUUAUAAUGAAUGGGAAUUGGGCACCAUCCCCUGAGGUGCUUGAAAGUAAUAUGCUUAGUGCCUACGUUGUCCAGACGAAGGAAAUGAACGAUUUUUUCGCCCUAAUUGAGAACGAUAAGAUUAUAAAGGGGUUUCUAGAUAGUGACAAAUGUUUUAAAUAUGCAGAUAAGUUUAUUCUUGCUUGCGUUUUCGCCUACUUCAAGAGGUGCAACUUCAAGCCAAAAGAAUAUAACCGAAUUAAUUUCUUUUGUUGCUUGUACUUGGCCCAUGACAUGGAAGAGGAUGAUGAGGAUCUCAAAUAUGAAAUAUUUCCAUGGGCGCUGGGGAAGAUGUGGAGACAGAAAAUAUCUUCCUUCCUUCUUCGCAAAGAAACCAUCUGGGCGAGAAUGAACUACCGUGCAAUAGUCAGCUACAUGUGCUGUAAAGAGUUAAUGUCCAUUAUGCCUACUCAUCCCAUAUGGACAAGAACCAGACUUACUCACCAUGGACACGCCAUUCGCACAUAUGCAAAACCUCGGGAUUCAAAUAUUCCAAAGGGGCCCGAUUCUUCCCCAAAGCCAUGUUUUGAGUGCGAUAUAUUUUAUAAUCAUCACUAUUUGAGCACUACAUACACGGACAUAUCAAGAGAACACAAGAACGGCUUUGAAUCCACCCGAAUCGGCUGCUUCAAUGAAGAACUUAUGUCUGAACUAAUAGAAUCGGAAGACGAAGCGUUCAACCCAUCAUCUGAAAGUAUAUUGAGGAAUACAGGAGAAGAAUCUUGGUUAUCUCAGGAAACUUACCAUUCAAUAUCUUUAUACUCCAGGAACGAUGGAUCAUUUAACUUUGCAGAAGAAUAAGUUACAUUCAUCGUUUUGUUAUUUAUUUCUAACUUUUCCACUGUUCAACAGAAUUUCUCAUUGUGUCAAUAUAUUUGUUAAAUAAAUGU